AUGGGCGUCGCCCGGCACGCCGGUACUUUUCCACCAGAGCCCCCGGCGCCGUGCCAAAAGGGCUGCAGGAAUGGAGAGAGGGACCCCGUGUCUGCCAGCCGCUUUUCCCUGCGGACACCCCAGGGGAAGCAGGCUGAGGUCGGGGGACGGAUCCCUGCGGUGGAGCCGGACCGGGCGGAGACCCACAGUGAGGGCGCUGCCUUACGGGGGGAAGGAGGUGCCAAGGUGUGCCUGCCCUGCUCUGACAUCACCAGGGAGGGCACAGGGGGGGCUGAAGAGCACAGUGAGAGGGAGAGGGUGGGGCAGGGGGACUGCGAUUCCCACAGGAGUAAGACAGGGCCACGGGGUUGCCAGUGGCAAUUUGGGAAACACCUGCUUCUGCCACAGAAUCACAUGACCACAGAGGACAGGUGGGAAGGGUCAGAGAGUGGACAGGCCAAAGGCCUGGGGAAGGACCAAGACAGGGGUUGCAGUGGAGGUGCGUGGUCAGUGAGAGGGCUGGCAUGUCCGCUGCUCGGAGACAGCGUGACGCAGGGAGGUGACCAGGCUGAGAGCAGCAUACAGAGGCUGUUACCACAGGGGUUGCGCUUUGGGCAACUGCAGCAGCCAGUAAGGGCUGGCGUGGCUGAGGCAGAGGAGGCCAGCCUCUGCAGACAGGGCCCGCUGUCAGACACAGGAUCAUACACAGUGCAGAGGGGAGUCCAGCAUGUCAGGAUGGACCCAGCCUGGAGUUACACAGGGCUGGAUGACCCAGGUGGACUCUGCUGGGCAGCAGGGAGGAAGCAAGCUGGGGACCAGGCUAUGGACUAUAAUGAAGCUCAACCUGGGGGCUACAGGGAGGACCGGGCUCGGGGCCACAAUGAAGCUCAGCCUGGGGGCUACAGGGAGGACCGGGCUAGGGGCCAGAAUGAAGCUCAGCCUGGGGGCUACAGGGAGGACCGGGCUAGGGGCCAGAAUGAAGCUCAACCUGGGGGCUACAGGGAGGACCGGGCUAGGGGCCAGAAUGAAGCUCAACCUGGGGGCUACAGGGAGGACCGGGCUAGGGGCCAGAAUGAAGCUCAGAGUGGAGGCUACAGGGAGGACCGGGCUAGGGGCCAGAAUGAAGCUCAGAGUGGAGGCUACAGGGAGGACCGGGCUAGGGGCCAGAAUGAAGCUCAGCCUGGGGGCUACAGGGAAGGGUCAGAAAGAGAUGGACACUCAGAGAAGAGGAAGAGGCGGAGGAAUUCCGUUGAUCUGGAGGAAGAGCAAAGCACGCCCGAGCCCCCAGGAGCCCCGGCGGUGUGUUCCUGGCACAAAGAGCGUCACAUCGAGAGACACCCCGAGGGGGGCGUCAGCACCAAGGAGUGCAUCGACCCCUCUCCCAACAGUGCGGCCAGCGGUGGCAACACUGAAUGUAACAGUGAGGUCAGCAGCAGCGGGCUGAAGUCCCAUCUGAAUCUGGGUCUGGAGGACCCACUUUCAGCAGGGGAGAGCUGUACUCCUUUACCUGUCAUCGAGCUGACUUCCACGGGCCCCAUCCACGUCCCUAGCCCCACCAACCUGUUGCCGACAGAGGGGUCCCAAUCUCCGUUCCGCCCUGACAGCACUGGGGGUGCAACCGCAGGGGACGUCCCACUGAAAAGGAGGUGCUCCUCCCCUCCACCUAAAAACUCUGCUCCCAGGAAGACAGGGAGGUGGGAGCCCCCGCGACCAUCCCAGGGAGAUCACAGGACACGGGGACAACUGGAGGGGAGUAGAGGAGUCCCAGAAACCACCAGAGCCCUAAGACCAUCCCCAGCCAGGAAGCCCAGCCUGCACAGGACAGACAGAGAGGCCCCGAACAUCCACAGGUCUGAGAUGAGGAUGACUGUGCCUCUGACCCAGAAACCCCCACAAAGAGAGGGGUCUGGCUGGGCUGGAGGGGAACAGGGUGAUCCACUGAACCUGAGAGAACAGGGGGUGGGCCGAGGAGGGGCCAAAACCCCCAAACCCCUGAAACAAGAGCGGGUGGCCGGGGAGGUGCCAGAGCUCCCAAAAUCCUCCUCGGUCAUUAGCUCGGACCCCGCAGUACGGGACGUGGCCCGUUUGAGCCAGGAGGAGAGAGCUCAGCUGCUGCAGGAAGCAGAGCAGGCGGAGGCACUGGUGCUCACCAUGGUGUACCAGGACGGCAGCACCCAGCUGAGCCCUAAGCAGAAAGCCUCCCCCUCGGUGUCCGGUAUACUGGUUCUGCUGAAGAGGGAGGUGGGCGUGACCGAGCCGCAGGAGGGUCCAGGCCUGGCCGGCAGUCUCAUAUACCUGAGGCUGGAGCAGCGGCUGGCUUGGGCGCAGCAGGAACCGGACCAAACCCAGGACCUCUUCACCAGGGAGGUGGUCCUGCGUGUGGUGUGUGGAGCGCAGCUGGCGGUGUGCUAUAAGACCAAGGACCUGCUCCGCACCCUGCUGCAGCACUUCGGGAGAGAGCUCAGCUGGAAGCAAGUGGCCCAGUGCCGCAUUCAGGACCCUCAGAUUGCUGCCUGGCUGCUGGACCCAGCCAACCCCGCCUCCUGCUUCCAGGACCUAGUAACCAAACAGUGGGGAGCCCCCAGUGACCCCCCAGUACACCCGCCUCCCAGGAAGGUGAGAGCAUCAUCUCCGCUCUCCGCUGUGUUUAGGAACCUCUGUCAGCUCUACCGGCUCAUGGCGGAGCUGCGCUCCAGCCUACAGACCCAGGGCUUGUGGGAGCUCUUCUCCAACGUGGAGCUCUGCAUGAUCCCGGUGCUGGCAGCAAUGGAAAGCCAUCAGAUCCAUGUGGACAGGGAGGCUCUGAAGAGGACCUCAGAGAUGCUGGGGGCGAAGCUGAAGCAGCUGGAGCAGGACGCACACAAAGCUGCUGGCCAGCAGUUCCUGGUGUCCAGCAGCGCUCAGCUGCGAUUGGUUCUGUUUGAGAAGCUGCGACUGCAGGAGCGCUGUGACAGCAGGAAGCUUCCCAGGACCGUCCUCAAGCAGCAGCAGUCCACCUCUGAGACAGCGCUGUUGCAACUCCAGGACCUGCAUCCACUGCCCAAGAUCAUACUGGAAUACAGACAGGUUCAUAAGAUAAAAUCAACCUUCGUGGACGGGAUUUUGUCAUGCAUGAAAAAGACGUUCAUCUCCUCCACCUGGAACCAGACCAGCACAGUCAGCGGCCGGCUGUCAGCCAAGCAACCUAAUUUCCAGGCCCUCCCCAGACAGCCGGUGCAGAUCAGCAAGAAGCAGCACAUCCAAGGAAAGGAUCCAGAAACGGUGGCAGUCCAUCCCCGUGAUAUGUUCGUUUCCCGAGAGGGCUGGACCUUUGUCGCUGCUGACUUCUGCCAGGUGGAGCUGCGACUCCUGGCUCACCUGACUUCUGACCCCGAGCUGCUGCGCCUUUUCCAGGACCCCACCGCUGAUGUGUUCACCAUGCUGGCCUCACAGUGGAAGGGGGUUCCUGAGGAGGCGCUCAGCCCAGAGGACAGAGAACACGCCAAGCGCAUCGUCUACUCCGUGGUGUACGGAGCAGGCCGGGAGCGUCUCUCUGGCAUCCUGGGGGUCAGCGCCGAGCAGGCCAGCCGGUUUGUGGAGAGCUUCCUUCAGAGGUACAGAGAGGUGCAGAGCUUCGUCCAGAGGACCGUGCAGCAGUGCCGGACGCAAGGAUACGUGGUGUCAGUAAUGGGCCGGCGACGGUCUCUGCCUCACAUCCACUCUCCUGAUUGGGGCGUCCGCAACCAAGCGGAAAGGCAGGCCGUCAAUUUCGUGGUCCAAGCCUCCGCAGCUGACCUCUGUAAGAUGGCCAUGAUCCGUAUUUUCUCCCUGGUGUCUUCAUCCCCUUCCCUCACAGCCAGGUUGGUUGCCCAGAUACACGAUGAGCUGCUGUUCGAAGUGGAGGACUCCCAAGUGGAGGACUUUGCAGCACUGGUCAAGACCUCCAUGGAAUCUCUACAGCACAUUGACUCUCUUGGCGUUCAUCUCAAGGUCCCCCUGAAGGUGGUGGUGUCGAGCGGGAGGUCGUGGGGCUCCAUGUCGGAGCUGCGCCUCCCCCCUGCGCCUCCACCCCCGUCUCUCUGA